CCCGAACGUGAUCUGUAACCCGAGCUCUGACCGUGCGUUCGAGAGUCCGGAUAAACCUCUAGCUCCUCGCCCGUCCAUUAAUCAACAAAUUUCUCCCAUCUGCCAAGACGAUACGUUUCUGUAUAUGUUUUGUUUACCUUCGCAGUCUUGUCAGAGUUUCGUUUCCCACUCGUCUGCUGCUGGCGCGCCACGACCUUUGCAAUGGCCGAUACAGCUGCAAAGCCCACCGCGAGCGAUGGCGCCUUCGAGAACCGCGAGGCCCAGACAUCGAACAGCUCCACGCGGACACUGACCCCACGAAAGAGCGACGAGAGCCAGGAGAAGAACUCGAGGGAUGUUUCUGCGCCGGCCGAAAUUGCGAACGAGGAGCCAAAGGAAAAGCGGACGGUCCAGGCAUUGGCAAUAUCUCCAAAUGAGAGUCAGCUCGAUGUUUCGAAGCAGCCAGAGAUGGACGAGAAGGCAGACCUCGAGGGAGCUGCGCCAAUCGGGCCGCCUGCCGAGGUGGACGAGGCCGAAGAGAACUUCAAGCCGAGGACUGUCACAUUCUGGCUUGUCAUCCUGUCCAAUUUCGUGGCCAUGUUCCUGGUCGCUCUGGACCGCACGAUCAUCGCAACAGCCAUUCCCCGCAUCACGGACGAGUUCCAGAGUCUGGGCGAUAUUGGCUGGUACGGGUCGGCGUACAUGCUGACUACCGCGGCUUCGCAGCUGGUUUUCGGUAGAAUCUACAAGUUUUACAAUCUCAGAGUGUCAUUUCUGAGCAGCAUCCUGAUCUUCGAGAUCGGUUCCCUCAUUUGCGGUGUUGCGCCAAGCUCACCGGUACUCAUUGCGGGCAGGGCCAUUGCCGGCAUCGGAUCGGCUGGCAUCUUUACAGGAGCUAUGAUGGUCAUGAUUCCCAUGGUCCCGUUGCACAAGAGACCAAUGUUCCAAGGCAUAUUCGGCAUGGUGUUCGGCCUGGCCUCUGUAAUCGGUCCCUUGGUCGGGGGUGGAUUUACGGGCACUGUAACAUGGAGAUGGUGUUUCUACAUCAACCUACCUGUGGGCGGCGUGGCCUUCGUCUUCCUUUUCUUCAUGCUUAAAGCCCCUAAGCGGCAGCCGCAGGAGCCAGCGACGUUAUUCCAGCACUUCAAGCGCCUCGACCCCCUGGGCUCGUUGUUUUUUCUCCCGUCCAUUGUUUCCCUCCUUUUGGCGUUGGAGUGGGGUGGGUCGGAAUACGAGUGGAACGACGGCCGUAUCAUCGCGCUCUUCGUCAUCUUUGGUGUUGGCUUCAUUGCAUUUGCUACAGUCCAGGUCCUCAUGCCCCAAACAGCCACGGUUCCCGUCAGGAUUAUCAAGCAGAGGACGAUGCUGGCCGGUGCAUUCUUCAUGCUCUUCCUGGCCGGCUCCAUGAUGCUGGCCGUGUACUACCUGCCCAUCUGGUUCCAAGCGGUUCAGGGGGCCGAUCCCGUCGAUUCGGGAAUCUACACCAUACCGCUGGUGCUCAGCAUCGUUGUGUCUUCCAUCAUCUCGGGCGGCAUGACACAGAAGAUUGGGUACUAUGUGCCGUCCAUGAUCCUCUGCCCAUCCAUCAUGUCCGUCGGUCUAGGCUUGAUGAGCACUUUUCAGCCAGGCAUCAGCUCGGGCCAUUGGAUCGGGUACCAGUUCCUGACCGGCUUUGGUCUGGGCUUCGGCAUGCAGACCGUCGGGCUUGCAGUGCAGGCGGUGCUCCCUAAGGAAGAUGUGUCAACGGGCGUCUCGAUCAGCUUCUUUUCCCAGCAGCUUGGAGCGGCCGUCUUCGUUUCGGUUGGGCAGUCCAUUCUCAGUAACAUGCUGGUAUCUGAGCUGUCGGGCAUACCUGGCCUGCCAGCUCAGGCCAUCGUCAACACUGGUGCCACCAAAUUGCACAGCGAAGUCCCGGCUGAGUUCAUCGACGUCGUUGUCCGGGCAUACAACUACGCUUGCACGCGUAUCUUCCUCGCCGGCAUGGGGCUGUCCCUGGCGACGCUCGCCUGUGCGCUGUGCAUGGAGUGGAGGAACAUCAAGAAGAACAAGAAGCAGCGGCGGGCGAAGCAGCGUGCCAGUCAGCUGAGACCGGGAGAUAUGGGGGCCUAAUGGGUUGAUUGGUGGGGCAUAAUACAUGCGACAAUAGACGAGAAGUAAUGUAUGAACGACGAUGUGUUGUCUACGGUUCUCCCGCAGUCUCAGCAUCGAUGCAACGGGUGCUCGAAGCCGCGCGGUAGGGAUGAGUGAGGGCAGGCUAGGCUACCUACUUAGGUAACAGGUAAGAUAUCCGUACUGUGGUAGGCAGGGAACAACUGCUUUGGUGGAAGCCCCAAAGCCUCGCCCGCACGCUAGGGCACAUUUCAACCCAGCUGGGCAAGAGCUUGUAGACCACAAAACAGUCCAGGUGCCCCAUGUACCUACAAUCCCUAGGUACCUUAGGUAGGUACAUGCUACCUAAACAACACGCAUUUCCCAAACCCAGACUAGGUAGCUGCCACUACAACAAUGUUUGUUUUCAGCGCUCUAUUCUUCAUCGC